CCACCAUCAGGCACAAGUGGUUUCAUACUCAAACAUGACUGUUAAAGGUACCCAAGGAAGACCAGCCUGCCUGUGGUUUAAAGCCUUCAAAGUUAGUGUUUUGGCUGCCCUCAAGCUUAUCCUGCCAUGUCCCGCUCUUGCACACGCUACUUUGCCUUUUCCCCAUGUUAACCUCCUGACUUACUUGGCAUUUUACUGCACUGAUUCAAAUGGGCUGAACGGCAGUUCCUCCCGGAUGUGAAUGGGUAUCUUCUUCUUCACACAACGCUCAAACUCCAGCCCCCAGGAACAGAAGGUUUGUUUUAUUUUCUUUGCCUUCUCAGUUACAGAGAACAAAAUCAAACUUAUAUUGCACCGAUGCUGAGUACCUGCACUAAGUACAUCCGUCAAUGGCAUUAGAGAGAAAUUACUCUCCCUUCAGAGCUGCUUUACUUGCGUUUAACCAGCCUUUGCUGUCACUCCUGUCGAUAUCAUCAUAGCUGUUAUAUCAUGCACUUUAUAUCAUCACACAUUUGGGUUAUAUAUGCUAAUGCAUGUCAUAAAGUAUAUGAUAUAAAAUAUCGAUUUGCUAGAGAACAAUUAUUCUUUCACAUCACUUCGGAAAUGUAUUUUAUAGAAGUAUUCUUUUUAAUGGUAACUUUUGCAGAUGAUUUAGAAUGAAAUUGUGAUUCUCACGUGUUUCGGCAGUGUUUGGACAAACCACUACCGUGCCCCGAUGUGCAGGGCAGCUGUGCUAUCCCAGUGCUCAUUUCCAGCCAGGAAAACCCUCAAGCACCCUCUUCCAUCCCUCCAUCAGCUGCUCCCCAUGUUCUGGGCACUGCAACGGUGGUGGUUGCAGGGCACUGUCUGGCCCUCGGAGCCUUGCUGACCCUCGUGAGAGGGGGAAGCUGAGUUUUGCCUCCAUCCCAGCUUCUCAAUUUAAACAGGCACUGGCACAGUGCGAUUUCCCUUCAGCUGUCCUAUCCGCAUGAGGAGCUGCUUCUUGAGACACGUUAUGAUGUGUUCAGGUGCUGCAGCGUGUGUUUGAGACGUGCCCUUUCCUCCUCCAAAGCUGUUUGAACGCCUGUUUCGGGGUGCAGGCAGAGAUGCCGACACCACAGGGCCCUGCAGCAGGAGGGGAGGCCGGGGGGGACCCCCUCCUCUGCCCCCAGGAUCCCAGACGUUGGGGUUGGUUUGCUGGUGAAUAAAAGCCCUUUGUCUUAGGUCAGACACUGAGCCAGGAGCGCCUGUCCCGUGACAUGAGGUGACGCAGGUGCUGACGGUGCUGGCAGCCCUCCCGCCCCAGGUCGCCUUCCUCCUGCUCUGCCUCUCAGCAGAGCCCCUUUCCCCUCCCUGCUGCGGUGCGGUGCGGUGGGUCCGGCCGGGAGGCUGACGCAGUACGGCCUGCCCUCCUCCAUCGGUAUUUGCUCUGGUGCCAGGAGGGACGGUUCUAAAGCUCCGGCUGACGCAGGGAGCUCCGGCCUCGCACCUCCCCUCCCGGGGCUGAUGUGUGCCACUGAUGGUGCCGGUGGCCGGUGCGGACCAUGAGGGACCGGCUGGCGGAGCUGCAGCAGCGAGCCGCGGCCGAGGGCAACCCGCAUGAGGAUGCUCUGUGCUUCGACAACCCGGUGUUCGCUGCGGACGACGCCAGCCCCGUCAGCCGGGCGCUGCGGGAGGCAGCCGAGCUCUGGCGGGCACUGGACCGGCUGGAGGAGCUCUCGGAGAGCAUCAACAGGACGCAGCAGACGGUGCUGUGCUGCACCUCCGCGGAGAGCAUCGCCCGCGAGAAGACGGGGCUCGGCACUGCCAGAGCCGCCUUCACCCGCGAGGCCAUGGCCCUGCAGCCCCAGCUGGGCGCUCUGCCGGCAGCACCAGGGGAUGGGACGGGGCAAGCGGGGCCCCGCGUCCGCCAGACCCAGCAGUGGCUGCUGCUGCGGCGGUACCGCGCCGUCCUCGCCCGCCACUACGCCCGGGAGAGCCGCUACCGGCAGAGGCUGAAGGAGCAGCUCGAGAGGCAGGCGGAGCUGGCGGGCAUUGACCUGGGCACCGAGGACUUGGACCAGCUGGCCAAGAGCCCCGAGGUGCCCCGCAUCGUGGGCAGGGACCUGGAGGCGGUCAAGGCCAAGCAGCACCUCGCCAUGGCCCAGGCGCGCCAGCGGCAGCUCCUCGACCUGGAAGCGCAGAUGGCGGAGCUGCACGGGCUCUUCCUGCGGCUGGAGGGGCUGCUGGCCGAGCAGCACGGGGCCGCCGACAGCGUGGAGCACCACGUCCUGCGCACCCUCGACUACAUCACCCAGAGCAGCGGCGAGGUGAAGAAAGCCUUCAAGUACGAGCGGCCAUCGCGGCUCUCGGCCCUGCUGACGACUGCGCUCAGCAUCUGCGCCUGCUGCGCCUGCCUGCCCUGCCUCAGCGGGACCCUCCGGUGAGCCCGUGCUGCAGCGGGGCGGCUUCACAGCGGCUCUUGCUGA